AUGGCAACACCACCAGCAUCCCCUCCGCAGUCCAAUCAGCAGUCAGAGGCGAUGUCUAGGAAUACUAGACGAUCCACACAGCUCAGGAUUUUGACUAGAAGAACCUUGGAUCAGCCGCAACCUAUUGUCACCGUUUAUGCUGCAAUUGGGCGAGGAUCGAGCCCAUAUAAAGAGAGAUUCCAUAACUAUUUAGGUGUUAUAGCUAGAGAAAAAGUUCCAAUUGUACAUAACAGUUGGAAGGAUGUACCGGACACACUAAAGGAGCUAGUAUGGAAUGACAUUUUGGCCAGGUUUGAUAUCCCAGAAGCCAUACAUGCAAAGAAAAAGGUGAUGUCAACUGUGGCCACUAGAUGGAGGCAGUUUAAAUCAUCCUUCACAAGUAAAUUUGUGUUUAGUAAUUUUGAGGACCAACAUAAAGAAGAUCCUUCCGUCAAAUAUGGCUUUGAUGCAUAAAUAUGGGAGGAACUUGUGAAAACCCGCAAAACCCCUAA